AUGGACAUGCUAACGCAGGUCUUGGAUCAGGUCUGCCUAGGUGAAUACGAUUUCGUGUACUUCCCCUAUGGGAAGCGAAAGGCGCGCAACAUCGCGCUGGCCUUCAUCAACUUCACAGAGCACCGGGCGGCAGUCCGAGCUGCUGCCUUCCUCUCGGCGGACCAAACCUUUGGAGAGCGCCGACCACAGGUCAGCCAGGCGCACGUGCAAGGGCUGGGUCCAAACCUCGCGUACUUCUUUGCCCGUUUCGGCUUUCAGGAGUUGGAUGAUCCCCAUGCACCGCGUGUGUAUGAGGGAGGAGUCCGCGUCAUCGACCUCAUGCAAGUCGUGUCGCAGUACGUAAGCAUGGACAUGGUAUGCAAGGCGCAGGAGCUCCUACAAGUUGAGAGUUCAGGCGUCGUUGCGAAAGACGGUCGUCGUCGCCGUGCCCGAAAAGAAGACUCCAAAUCAGGAGAGCAGUUUCGCGGAGAGCCAAUGUACCUGGACACGAGAAGCAGGUGUCAAGAGAAGCCCGAGGCCACUGCAUGCCGAAUGGUUGCAGGAAGUGCUACCAGCACUUCCACUGGCUCUCGGGAUGAUUCACCCGAUGACGAGAAAAUGUCCUCCCCAUCAGAAGCUAGUGAAAGGAGUGCAGUGGCUGAAAUUGUCGUGGAGGGUCCUCGAGUCCUGGCUUUGCCAGGAACCCUGACAAGUGGCUGCGAGUAUGCAGCCUACCAGGAUGUUUCGCAGGAGAGGAGCUCUUGCACACAAUGGCAAAGGUCAGACGUCAGUAUGGUCUUGUGA